GCAGAUGUAAAUUAACGAUCUGAUAUGAUUAAAGGAUUAGAACAGAACAUCUGUCAAUUAAAACAGCAGUUACAGGAAUCAGAACUUCAAAGACAGCAGCAACUAAAGGACCAAGAAAAUAAGUUUCAAGUGGAGAAAAGCCAAUUAAAACACACCUAUGAGAAUAAGGUUCAUGACUUGCAGAAUGAACUUGAUAAAGAAAAAGAAGAUGCUCAAAACAAAAUUCAUAAAUUUGAGGAAGCUUUGAAGGAAAAAGAGGAGCAACUAACUCGUGUGACUGAGGCUCAAAGGUUUCAGGCCCAACAGGCAGACGCUGCUCUAGAAGAGUUUAAGCGGCAGGUGGAGCUGAACUCAGAGAAGGUCUAUGCUGAAAUGAAAGAGCAGAUGGAAAAAGUAGAAGCAGAUCUCACUAGAUCCAAGACUCUACGUGAGAAACAGUCUACGGAGUUUUUAUGGCAACUGGAGGAUGUCAAACAAAGAUACAAACAGCAGAUAGUAGAGCUGAAGCUGGAGCAUGAACAGGAGAAGACGCACCUAUUACAGCAGCAUAACGCGGAGAAGGGUAGCCUAGUCCGAGACCAUGAACGGGAAAUUGAAAACCUGGAGAAACAGCUUUGCGCUGCCAACAUGGAGCACGAAAAUCAAAUUCAAGAGUUCAAGAAACGAGAUGCGCAGGUUGUUUCGGACAUGGAGGCCCAAGUUCACAAGCUGAGAGAAGAGCUGAUCAGUGUAAACUCACAGCGUAAACAGCAGCUGGUGGAACUUGGUCUUCUUCGUGAGGAGGAAAAGCAAAGGGCUGCGAGGGACCAUGAGACUGUUGUCAGUAAGCUGAAGGCUGAAUCAGAAAAGAUGAAUAUAGAGCUGAAGAAGACUCAUGCUGCUGAGACAGAGAUGACACUGGAGAAGGCCAACAGCAGGCUGAAGCAGAUUGAGAAGGAAUAUACUCAGAAGCUUGCCAAAUCUUCCCAGAUCAUAGCAGAACUUCAGACAACCAUUUCGUCUCUGAAAGAGGAGAGCAGCCGACAGCAGCUUGCUGCAGAAAGGCGGCUCCAGGAUGUUGUACAAAAGUUUGAAGAUGAGAAGCAGCAGCUGAUUAGAGAUAAUGAUCGAGCAAUCAAGGUUUUACAAGAAAAACACCUAUCAUGAAUGCUCCAAAUAUAU